UCUGGGUGAUGGCACCUCUGAGCCAGCUGAGUAGCAACAUCAACUCUACCUGUGGGGCAGAAAAUUCCACAGGUGCCAACCAGGUCCGCCCACAUGCUUACUAUGCCCUCUCCUACUGUGCACUCAUCCUGGCCAUCAUCUUCGGCAACUGCCUGGUGUGUGCAGCUGUACUGAGAGAGCGGGCCCUGCAGACCACCACUAACUACCUAGUGGUAAGCCUGGCUGUGGCGGACUUACUGGUGGCCACCUUGGUGAUGCCCUGGGUGGUGUACCUGGAGGUGACAGGUGGAGUCUGGAAUUUCAGCCGAAUUUGCUGCGAUGUUUUUGUCACCCUGGAUGUCAUGAUGUGUACAGCCAGUAUCCUGAACCUCUGCGCCAUCAGCAUAGACAGGUACACUGCAGUGGUCAUGCCUGUUCACUACCAGCAUGGCACGGGGCAGAGCUCCUGUCGGCGUGUGGCCCUCAUGAUCACUGCUGUCUGGGUACUGGCCUUUGCUGUGUCCUGCCCACUCCUCUUUGGCCUCAACACCACAGGGGAUCCCAGCAUCUGCUCCAUCUCCAACCCUGACUUUGUCAUCUACUCUUCAGUGGUGUCCUUCUAUGUGCCCUUUGGAGUGACUGUGCUUGUCUAUGCCAGGAUCUAUGUGGUGUUGAGGCAGAGGAGACGAAAGCGAAUUCUCACCCGACAGAACAGUCAGUGCAUCAGUGUCAGGCCCGGCUUUCCACAGCAAUCUUCCUGUCUGCGACUGCACCCUAUUCGACAAUUUUCAAUAAGAGCCAGAUUUUCAUCAGAUACCACAGGGAAAAUGGAACAUUCAGAAGACAAACAAUGUCCCCAGAAAUGUCAGGACCCUCUCUUGUCACAACUGCAGCCUCUGUCUCCUGGCCGGGCACACAUGGAGCUGAAGCGCUACUACAGCAUUUGUCAAGAUUCUGCCUUAAGACCACUGGGCUUCCAAGAAGAACAGCAGUCAAAAGGGCCAGAGGGGACUCGAAACUCCCUGAGCCCCACCAUGGCACCCAAACUCAGCCUCGAAGUUCGAAAACUCAGUAAUGGUAGGUUAUCGACAUCCUUGAGGCUGGGCUCCCUGCAGCCUCGGGGAGUGCCACUUCGGGAGAAGAAGGCAACCCAGAUGGUGGCCAUCGUGCUUGGGGCCUUUAUUAUCUGCUGGCUGCCUUUCUUCUUGACCCAUGUUCUCAAUACCCACUGCCAAGCAUGCCACGUGUCCCCAGAACUUUACAGCGCUACAACGUGGCUGGGCUACAUGAACAGCGCCCUCAACCCUGUGAUCUAUACCACCUUCAAUGUCGAGUUCCGCAAAGCCUUCCUCAAGAUCUUGUCUUGCUGAGAGAAGAAAGGAGGCAACAUGUCCU